AUGAUGCACCCAUCGCGGCAGGCGUACGUCGAGGACACCGAGCCUCAAGGCAUUGCUCUAGAAGAUGUCCCCGAUGACCACGAUUAUGACAUUGCCAUGGGUGGAACUGGUGUUCCGUCCGAAAAGGCUUCAGCUAUCCUCAGCCAGUUUAAUCGCAAACGUCUUGCUGCGACGAUAGCAGUCCCUACCGAUGAUGUACGAGUUCGCGCCAAACUCCGAGAGAUGGGUGAACCGAUCACCCUAUUUGGAGAAGCCCUUGUCGACCGCCGAGAUCGAUUGCGAGAGCUUCUUACUAUCCAGGCUGAGAUGACGGGCUUGGAGAAUGGUGAUAUCACAAUGGAAGAAGCUGGAGAUGAACAAGACGAGCAAGAGGAAGAAUUCUACUCAAGAGGCGGACCUGAACUUUUACAGGCACGGAUAAAACUUGCCGAAUACUCUUUACCCCGGGCAAAGCAGAGAACCCAAUUCCAGAAAGCCGAGUCCACCAUCCCCCUACGCACGCAGGUCAAGUUUCGCAAACAGGUCAAGGAGAGAUUACAGGCCUUCGAGCUUCAAGGCAGUCAGACGGUUGGUGAGCGACACGUCAGCAUGACUCGCAUUUCCCCCAACGGCGAGCUGGUCGCUGUAGGUAACUGGGGUGGCCAGGUCAAGCUGGUCGAAAUACCAAGCUUGAACCAAAAGACAACCUUCCGCGGUCAUACCAACAAGAUCAGCGGUUUGUCUUGGUUCCCAGGCUCAACUCUUCAAGAGCACAACGUUUCACCUGAUACUAUUAACCUGGCUUCAGGCGGUGCUGAGGGAUCCAUUCACUUGUGGUCUCUGAACCAAGAUACCCCCCUAUCUACACUGGAAGGACACUCGCAGCGAGUUUGCCGCAUCGAAUUCCAUCCUUCCGGACGUUAUCUGGCCUCAGCAUCUGAGGACACUUCAUGGCGUCUUUGGGACGUUGAAACAACUGCAGAAGUUCUCCUGCAGGAAGGUCACUCAAGAGGUGUGUACGCCGUCAGCUUCAAUACUGACGGAUCUUUACUCGCAAGUGCUGGUUUGGACAGUAUUGGUAGAAUCUGGGACUUGCGAUCCGGACGCACAGUCAUGAUUCUUGAUGGCCAUCUGGAUGGUCACAUUAAGCCUGUUCAUGCUCUAGACUGGAGCUCCGACGGACACAGGGUGCUAUCUGGAUCAGCUGAUGGCUGGAUUAAAUGCUGGGAUGUUCGAAAAGUGCAGAGGACAGGCGGAAUCGGUGCGCACACCAGUGCUGUCUCUGAUAUGCGAUGGUACAAGGGUCUCGAUGAUCCUCUCACCGGUGUUCCACCUGGUGUUGACGAGAAGGGGGCACAGCUACCUAAGAAGUCGGGCACCUUCUUUGUAUCAAGCGGCUUUGACAGAAAUGUCAAGGUUUUCUCAGCCGACGACUGGACGCUGGUGCAGACACUUAGUGGCCACACAGGUCCAGUUGCCAGUGUAGACUACAGCAGGGACGGCAAGUGGAUUGUCAGUGGCGGUCACGAUCGCACGGUCAAACUCUGGGGUCGAAACGAUGGCGAGGGAAUCUAG